AUGGGAACGUGGGCAGUGGGGGAGCACUUAGGGCCACAGGCCUGGGGGCUUGCAUCUAACCACCCACAGGAAGCUCACUACGUACGUAAACCCUGUGAGGUGUCCCCAGAUGAUGGGUUUGGUCAGUCCUCUCUUCAGAGGGGCUCAGCCCUUGUGCCUCGCCCCGCCCCGCCCCAUCCAGCCCCUGGGGGCCCCAGCUCUUUUUCCCAUCCUUCCUCCCCACUGUCGAUGGUCAGCGGCUCCAGCCCUCCCUCCCUGGCGCAGGCCAGACCUUCACCAGCUAACCUGGCCCUUUUCUUGUGUUUUUAUUCCAAAGCAGAAGAGUACGAAGAGGAAGGCGUCCCUCGGGCCGCGUCUACACAGACUGACAGGAAGCACAAGCUUACUGAAGCGUCUUCAAGGCGUUGCGAAGCUUCGCUCUCCAGACUUCACGUGGUUCCCGCACUCCCACUCCCACUGACCCUUCCGCUGCUCCCCUCCUCCCCCCUGACAUUUGGUGCCAACGACUUCAGCGCUAUUCCUCACACUGACCGCAUCCUUUCUCCUCGUUGCUGGCCUGCCCGGUUCCCUGCUGCCUCCCAUCUGCAGAAGUCCAUGAGGAAGGUAUGGACCCAUGACUUUGGAAUCCCAAAGGAAGUCCAAGAAGAAGAGAAACCUCGGCCAAAACUCACUGCUCCUAAGAUCCCGGAAGGAGAGAAAGUCGAUUUUGAUGACAUCCAAAAGAAGAGGCAGAAUAAAGACCUGAUUGAGCUUCAAGCCCUGAUUGACAGUCACUUCGAAGCCCGGAAGAAGGAGGAGGAAGAGCUGAUUGCUCUCAAGGAGAGAAUCGAGAAGCGCAGAGCCGAGAGAGCCGAUCAGCAGAGAAUCCGGGCAGAAAAGGAGAGAGAGCGGCAGAACAGACUGGCCGAGGAGAAGGCCAGACGAGAGGAGGAGGAGGCCAAGCGAAGGGCAGAGGAUGACCUGAAAAAGAAGAAGGCUCUCUCAUCCAUGGGGGCCUCAUAUAGCAGCUACCUAGCAAAGGCUGAUCAGAAGAGAGGUAAGAAACAGACUGCCCGCGAGAUGAAGAAGAAGGUCCUGGCCGAGAGGCGCAAGCCACUCAACAUCGAUCACCUGGGCGAUGACAAGCUGAGGGACAAGGCCAAGGAGCUAUGGGAUACACUAUACAAGCUGGAGACUGACAAGUUUGACUUUGGGGAGAAACUGAAAAGGCAGAAGUAUGAGAUUACCACCCUCAGGAGCCGGAUUGACCAGGCCCAGAAGCACAGCAAGAAGGCUGGUGCUAAGGGCAAGGUCGGCGGGCGCUGGAAGUAAAGCCGAGACGGUGCCUCCCGAGCAGCGAUGGCCCCCACCACCACCAGCCGCCCCUUCUCCUGAGGCUGCUGUCCACCCUGGCUCCUACCCCCCCCAUCUGUCGUCCCUCCGGAGUUCUGGGAGAUUCCCCAGAGAGGGGAAGGAGGAGCCUCCUGGAGCCGUCAGACGGACACCGCGUCCCCCUUGUCCCCGGACCCUUGUCUUCUCCCAGCCCCGCCCCCUCUGGGGACCUCUGGCCUCCCCUCUGUGGGGCUUGUGAAUAAAGCUCAAGUGACCCCCGGC